UAUGAAACGCAUGACAAUGACGUAUUUUUGGCGCGUCACGCUUGGCUCAAACAGAAGCAACUAAACGUUGAGCACUGCGCUCUUAAUGUUCAUUAGUGAUGUCUCAACAAGCACAACAAACGAUUCCUUCCGCCCCUGACUCCCCUGCGCUGGUUGUCACAUCUAACGUGCAGAAAUAUGCAAUAAAGAAGAAGAAAGUCCUCAGCGCCGAAGAAAUUGAGCUGUUCGAACUUACUCAGGCUGCAGGAAUCACUGUGGAUCAGGAGGUUUUUAAAAUCAUAGUGGACUUGCUGAAGAUGAAUGUGGCUCCUCAAGCAGUCUUCCAGACCUUGAAGGCAAUGUGUGCAGGACAGAGGGUAGCUGAAAGCUGUGGUGGAGACCCUUCAGCUGGCGCCCACACCACGAGCAUGACCGCAACGCACACAGAAGCCAGAGAAGAGGACUCUUUGGCCUCUGGGAAGAGCCCUAAACCUGCCGCAGCUCCCCCCACAGCAGCAGGCCCCAGAGCCACAAGGGUCAACACUAAGAUUGUGGUCUACAGCCCCCAAGACACUAGUUCUCCUCACUCUCAAGGAGUACGCACUAAAGCCGGUACCAGCCACAGUGAGAAGAGCAGGGAGGCUUCCAGCCAGAGAGUGCAGCGGCAGCCCAGUGCCACUAGAGGGCAGAAAACCAAGAGCUCCGGCAGCAGUAGUUCUUCCUCACAGAUAAACUCGACCUAAAACUCUGGCAGUUGGAGGCCAUUUGUAAAUAUGUAGGUUUCUUUACAUUUAACUUAUGUGUACGUUUCUCUGUUUUACAUCUUAAAGGACUGGUUUACCUAGAUUGCAAAUAAAUAUAGGUGUUCUGGUAUCAUUUUCCUCCUCCUUUUAAAAGAUGAAUGGUUGGUGUAAAUAAUCAAUGUUAAUCAUUUUAUGUGGUUCAGACACCGACAAUUAACUGUAAGAUAUGUUAUGAGGGAGUGUCUGCUGUAUUGAAAAAUUAAAGCUGCCUACAUCACUUAAUCAAGUGUCAUUGAUGUAAAAAAAUGUAAAAAAAAAAUAAAAAUUGCCUAAUCCAGUUCUUUAAGGUUCUAACUAUUUCAAAAUGGGUGUGCGGUGUCU